AUGCCCGCGGACUAUGAGUCCACUGCUCGGGCAUUGGCUGUCUCUCCAUCAUCAGAACUCCAUGCUUCCGCUAGCGACGAUGAACAACCGCUCUGGAGUCGGGCGGGCAGACGGAACUCUGCGCGGCCCGAGUCAGGCAAUCUCCGCGAUAGGCUGAUGGAUAAAGGCAAAGCGCUGUAUCACCAGGCAAAGGAAAGAUGGGCACGUAUGACUUUCUGGCAGAAGGUUGGCUUCUAUGUGGCCUCUGUAGUAGUUGGAGCAUCAGGCAUCGGAUUCCUGGUGUUGACGGGCAAGGUCUUCAUCUGGAUUGCCCCGGUCGCGGAUAGAUGGGAGAAAUCCCCGCUCGUCGCCUUUGUGCUCUGGCUUUGCGUCUUUUUCGUCUCGUUCCCACCAUUAUUGGGCUGGUCCACCUUCGGUACCGUGGCGGGAUUCGUCUUUGGUGUCUGGAAAGGAUGGUUGAUUUACGCCACGGCCACAAUUCUCGGAUCAACCGCAUCAUUCUAUGUAUCGCGCACGGUGCUAUCGAAGUUCGUGGCUCGCUUGAUGGAACAUGACAAGCGGUUUGCAGCGCUGGCGUUGACUCUGAAAUAUGACGGCCUAAAACUGCUCUGUAUGAUUCGGCUCUGUCCUUUGCCUUAUUCGAUCUGCAACGGUGCCAUUUCCACUUUUCCGACCGUCCAACCCUUGAUGUAUGGAUUAGCGACCACUAUCAUCUCGCCCAAGCUGUUGAUCCCGGCUUUUGUUGGCAGUCGGGUGCGCCUUCUGACUGAGAAGGGUGGAGAGAUGAGCGCCGGAGCCAAGGCAGUCAAUAUAAUCAGUAUCAUCGCUACUAUUGCCAUUGGAGGUGGUACUGCUUAUUACAUUUAUCAGAGAACCUUGGCUCGUGCGAAAGAACUAGAAGAGAAAGAACGUGCCGAUAUUCGUCAAUCGUUACAGGCAGAUCAUGCUGCCAACCGCCCUCAUGGCCGAUUCGCUGAUGAUGAUAAUGCUAACGCUGCAGCGAACGAGCUCGCCCGGGACGAAGAGGAACGGAUCGGCUUUGCCGAUUUCGAUGAUGAUAACGUUGACCUCGAUCUUGCUCUGGGCAAUGACAGUGAUAGCGAAGGAGAAAACCGCCGAUGGAAGAAGUCGAAUCGAAGAUCGUAUCAUGAUGAGUUUACGGACAAUGAUUCAGAUGAUUAUGCUGACGAAGGAGCCGGCGCUUUCGGUUUGCAUAGCCAUGUUCAACGUGAUGUCUAG